GGAUAUUCUCGCGUCUGUAGUCCACCUAUACAGCAUGCAAAUUACGGAGCGACUCCAAAAUAGCGCAGAUUGGUUAACUACACAGAGCGCGCUGCGCGGCGCGAGAGCAGGACAUGGUGAGCGUUUUCAUCAUUUAUAGUGGACUGUAAAAGAAGAAAUAAGUAUUUUUUCAAUCACAACAGUGUUAGGGCUUUCGUGGUUCGAACUUGCAACUUAAUCCUAAUUAAGUGUGGGGAGGCUGGCUGGCUGGCUGCGGGAGGAAGAGGAGGGCGACACUCAAUCAUCCCGGGACCGGAGUGAAACCUCACCGCGAGCAAGGGAAUAAUUAGUAGCCCUUGUGUGACAGCCUUGUCAGACUCAAGAAAGACUGUGGAGCAGAGAGGACAAGUGGGGACUGACGGACCCUGUGAAGUUUUUUUUCGUGUGUCAGCUUGUUUUUAAGCACCGGGGAGAAAGUAUUGUGGAGGUUUGCCCCUCUCCAAUGCGUCGGUUCCCCGUAUAGGCUACUGAUGGACUGAGCACGGUGAAAUUUGGAAUAACCUUCCCCUGUUUCAAUCACUUUUAGAUGAUAUCUCAGACCGAAAUGCUGCCCUGCAUCCUUUUCAUCGGCUUGUUUCUCACUGCGGCCCGAUCCCAAGACAUCCAUCCCUUGCAGGCAUCAUCCUCUAUAAGUGAGUCUUGUGACUCCUUGUGCUCCUGCGAGGAAAAAGAUGGCAUUCUUUAUCUCAACUGUGAGCAGAGAAACAUCAGCAAAAUCUCCCAAAUCAAAGUCCCAUCAGGUGUGCCCUUCCAUCUGAACCUUUACAAAAACGACUUAGUUGAGCUCCGCGCCGAGGAAAUGGAAGGGCUUAAAAAUGCCCUUUCAUUGCACAUUGGGGGUAAUAGCAUUCAAGAGCUGGAACCAGGGGUCUUUAGCACUCUCGGUUCACUGAAAAAGCUACAUAUAAAUAGCAAUUUCCUCAUCACUCUGAAAGAGGACACUUUUCAAGGCCUGGUGAAUUUGGAGUUUCUCCAAGCUGACACAAAUUUCAUUCGGGUCAUCGAGCCUGGGGCCUUCAACAAACUGAUCCGCCUCAAGGUCCUCAUCCUCAAUGAUAAUUCCAUCGAGUUUUUACCCAACAACAUUUUCCGGUUCGUGCCCCUCACCCACCUAGACUUACGUGGCAACAAGCUCCAGACGCUGCCUUAUGUCGGAUUUUUGGAGCACAUCGGACGGAUAAUGGAACUUCUCCUGGAAGACAAUGACUGGGUCUGUGACUGUGAUAUUUUGCAUCUAAAAAUCUGGAUGGAGAACAUGAGGGCCCAGUCGGCAAUCGGGGAUGUGGUCUGCAGCACACCACAUCACCUUAAGGGGACCAUUCUGGCUAAAGUCAAACGGGAUGUUCUAUGCCCGUCCCAUGCAGAUAUUAACCUGGAGGAGCCGUCAAAGUCACUGGAUAUGGUUGUUACUCCCUCAUCUAAAGUGUCUCAGAGUCCCAAGUUGAUCGACGCCAAAGAUGAUGCAAAGGUACCGACACCGUCUCACAUUCCCGGCAGUCCUUGUGUUGAGCAUUGUUCUUGUCACAAUCACCCUGUGGCUGGGUUUUUGAUGCAUUGUCAAGACAGAGGAAUUCAAAAGGUAUCAGAUAUCGGAAUACUCCAGCAAAGCCCUACUAAACUGGUCAUGACAGGAAACAUGAUUCAGAAACUCUUGAAGUAUGAUUUUGUUACAUAUGAUAGUUUAGAAUUGCUCAACUUGGCGAACAAUAGAAUUGAUUACAUUGAUAAUGAAACUUUCCUCAGCUUGGGCAGUUUGAAAAAACUGUAUUUGAAUGGCAACAGAAUUGAAAAACUGUUCUCCACAAUGUUCAUGGGUCUACACAACCUUGAAUACCUGUAUCUGGAAUACAACCUUAUCAAAGAGAUUGCUCCAGGCACAUUUAAUCCCCUGCCAAACCUGAAGCUGUUGUCAUUAAAUAACAACUUGCUCAGCUCUCUUCCAGCACAGAUAUUUCGCAAUGUGCCCCUCACCAAAUUAAACCUGAGGAAAAAUCUACUUAUGCACCUGCCAGUGAGCAACGUGCUUGAUCAACUCGUCUCUCUGGAGCAGAUUUAUUUAGAGGACAACCCCUGGGACUGCAGCUGUGACUUGCUCAGCCUCAAACAAUGGGUGGAGAAACUCAGAAAGGAGACAGUGGUGGGUUCCAUUUUGUGUCACACCCCAAAGAAAGUGAUGCAGGCUGAACUCCGAAGCCUCCGUCAUGAGAUGCUCUGCGCCGGAUUAGGGACCUACCACCCUAUGUCCCCAGGUUGGGAGGAGAGCGUGACGGCCACUCUUGGGCCUGACAGCCCUGGCAAAGAUUUGUUUAGCUCACUCACGAACACUGUUCCACUCUCUGUGCUCAUCCUAAGCCUUCUUAUGUUUGUCCUCAUGAUUAUAUUCUGCUCAGCCGGAUUGGUGGUGUUUGUGGUGCACCGGAGGCGCAGAAGGGCAAAGAAAAAAGCAGCAGAGGAGCAGCCAAGAGAAAACAGCAGCAGUAGUCCCAUUCACUUACAUUACAGCAUGUACGGGCAGAAAACUACACACCACACUCUGACACAAAGAACAGGGUCCGCCGCUCUGUACGAAGAGAGAUCCCAUAGUCCUAUUGUGCAGAUCUGUCGCAACCCCACCUACUGCUCCCAGCACAAGGAGCAUGACGCAGAUUUGGAUUACGGCCUUGAGGAACCCAUUGCCAAGCAUCACGUCUGCCGGAGUAUCAUGGAGAAGGAGAACACGUCUCCACUCACAGGAAACCCCUGCUUAAAGUUCCGACCCAUGACUGGAGAGUGCCCCGCAGAGUUCGUCACACUCGGGAACCCCAACUCCUUGUACAGGAACAUCCUGGAGAGGGAGAAGGAGCUGCAGCAGCUUGGAAUAACGGAGUACCUUAGGAAAAACAUGCCCCAGCUUCAGUCUGCUGUAGACAUGCAGGUCCCGGGACACCAGGAGGAGCUAAAGCUAAUGGAGACAAUAAUGUACUCAAGACCACGCAAGGUCAUGCUUGAGCAAACUCAGAACGAGUACUUUGAACUUAAGGCUAACUUGCAUACUGAGCCAGACUACUUGGAGGUUCUGGAGCAUCAAACUGCAUUUAACUGAGCUUAAGCAGAAGAACAAAAAAACAAUAUACAGUAUAUUAUGUUUUCAACCAAGUGCCUUGUCCUCUUGGCCCUCCUGUACUUUCCACAGUGUGAAAUAUAUAUCAUGGGCACAUCACUUUAGGUUUAAUUGUAGCACAGAAUGUAACUGGUUUAGGCUGUGUUACCUUUGCCAGACAUGCUAUGUAGCUGGUGAAAGGUGUAGUGAUUUUGGACAAAUGUAACUUCAAGAAGAUAACGCAGUGUGUUGAGUGGGCCUAAGCUAAAACCCUCUUUUGAAAUCCACUCAAUCAGCUUUUGAUGAUUGAUUGAAUUUCCAUGGCAUACUGACACCAAAUAAGUUGAUCCCCAUUGCUCACACACCCCCAUCUGACAUCCUGAUAGGAUAAAGCAGAUGCCUGGAAGGAAGUGAGUGAAUUUCAAUCACCACUUGACCCGGAGUUGCUGUUUAAUCAGUCUAUCCUGACUCUGGCUAUGACCUGAUUACACCCCAUGUCAACAUAAGCCAGCUGGAACGCUGUAAUUGUAAUGCUCAUUGUGCCGUAGAGUCAGCAAAAUGCCAACUGUACAUUGAAAAACAGUGAUAGGAGCAUGCUUCCGCUGCUAUUUUCCUGUCAGUUAUUUUGAUCAAUCCAACACACUGCACAGUCGGGGUCAGAGGGUCCUUUUAUUUAUUUUUAUACACGCUGGUGACAUUUUCAUAAAGGAGGAUUUUAUUUUGUCUCAAUCAGUAAACACAGCACCUAAAGUACAGUAUAUUUAACACAACUGUAAUAUUGUAAAAAUGCAUUGCACUAAUCAAAUGCCAUAAGAUGGUGCAUGACAAUCAACGGAGUCCUGCUGAAACUUUUUAUUUUUCUUUAUUUCUGCGAGAAAAAAAUGAGCCACAAAUGUUUAUGAUCUUUCAGUGCACGUUUGUGUGCACAAGUGUAUGUGAGAUUGUGUUUCAUAUCAUUAUUGUAUGUCUGACAAUCCUCAAACAGCAUUUAGGAACUUUGCUCCUUCCUUAAUGCCGAUUGGCUGAUUUGGAAGUGUUUUGAACUCAAUAGAGGCGGGGCAUAUUAACUUGUUAGCACAUGAAUGGUUACUGACGGGCAGCAUCACCCAAAAGCUCGAGUUUACCAUGCAGACAACCUACCAUCUGACUUCAGCCAACUUCUCUCUGUUUUCUCAGCUCAUAUUAAAAGCAAUGGACUGCUGGCGACUGACAUUUGCAAUUUGUGGAUAUUGUCAGAAUUUACACUCCAUUCAUACUCAUGAAAACAUUCAACUUUGAAACGGUUCAUGUAAGCACACACUCUGUAGCUUUUCUACUUAACUAGAUUUAAUUAUUUAUUCUGUAUAUUUUGUACAUACGUAUGUUCCAUUAUAUAUUUAGUUUUUGUGUGCCUUCAGUGCUGUACAGAAUAUAAACAGAAGCUGUAACUGAUGAAAUAAAGAGUUGCAAUAU